UUUCUCACUUCAAAGUCGGCGCAGCGCUGGAGAGAAGAGCGACGCGCAGGCAUCUCGGACUCUCGCCCUCCACCGGGUGUGCUAGGUGGCGAUGCUUCCUCGCCAGAUUCCCGAGUUCGGGAUGACGAUGGCGGGCGGCCGCGAACGCCGCCGCAGCAGUAGCACCAGUCCAGCACUGACGAACUGAGAUAUUGUGGUGAAUAAAACUACGGCAGUAUGUUCAGCGUAAAAGAUCUCCUGAUUUCUCACGGAUACAAGCAAUCUAAAAGUCCUACCAAUUCAUCUGAUGAUCCAGGUAAUGGAGAUCAGCAUGAAGAUACCGGUAGGCAGUCUGGUCAGGCACCCCGGAAUGGUUUACCAAGCCAUCCUGGAGCCAUACCCAAGACCAAUAAAGCAAGAGGAUACCAAAAUGACGACAAGAGUAAUCUCGUCGUCCGAGGACGGACAACGAAUACAAUCUACGAAAAUUUCCCAGGUCCAGGCAAUGCGCAAGGAGGGCUUUAUGACCAAUCACAGCUAAGUAGGUCUUCGCACUCCAAGAAUAUUGACUACCGGAGAAGACAGUGCCAAGAUUUCGGUGCUCUUGAUUAUCCUGACAGAGCAGACUAUGAAACAAGAGGAAUGGCUGCAGCCGAAAAUCAAAGUCAGUGGGAGGCUGAAGAAAGAUUAGAGGAUAUGACAAGUAACAAACGGGAAACCGUGAAACCUGCUGGUGACAACAGAAGGCAACGUGAGCCUGAUACAGAUAAUAAAGAAAGGCCGCUUCAAGAUGUGUAUUCAGGAAGACAAAACAUUGCAGCUUCCCAUAAAUCCCAGUCUUUACCAAGAUUUCUUUCACCAGAUUAUACUAACUAUGCUGAAAUUCCUGCUGUAGCCAGCGGUAAACAGCAUAAAGUAAAGCCUGAGUUGGAAUCUUUGAAACACUCUGACCCAGCAACUAGGCCCAAAUAUGGCAGACCUCUGAAGCCUCCUUCAUAUGAAUUUCAUCAACAGAGUAGGGGAGUUGUGGAAACCAAUCUGCCACAAGAUGAACAGCAACAACGUAAAACCAUUUUCUAUGUGACCAAAGUUGACGAAACGAAUCAGGAUGCUACCUUGGAACCCCCGCUGUAUAUACCUCCUCCAUCUUACAAAUCUCCUGGUCAGCAAAAUAACAAUCAACAUGUACCCAAAGAAGUGGCUGACUAUGAUGAGUGCUUUAUUAAGGAAAUGCAAGUUGUGGGGCAAAAUAUUUGCAUUCGUUCCGAGUCUUCAUUUAAUCAGCUACAAAUGGAAGGUGAAGAGCCUAUUUUGUAUGGUAAAAAACAGCUGAGUUGUCAGGACAAACACAAGUCUUCUAUUCAAUAUAUUCCUUUUGAUGACCCUCGAAUACGGCACAUUAAGGUAAUACAUCCAGCUGACUAUCAGUUGGAGGAUCAAACGGAAGAUGCAAAUAAAACUCUUGUCUUCUAUAGAAAUGCUGUGGAUCAGGAGUUCAAUAAUUCAGAUGCCGAUGUACCAUACCCGAAAAACAUUAUUGUAAAAGGCAGCCAAGUCCCUGGUAGCAGCAGAUGGUUGGGGGAAUACAAUAUAGAUCAGGAUAGUUGUGCCUUGUCCACCCAAAGAGACUCUUAUGACGCAGGCAAUGAUCUCAACUUUGAAUACCCCAAAUCAUGGCCAUCUGCUCAAAGCCCAGGUGCAACAGAAUACUCCUCGGAGGUUUUUACGAAAGUGAAAACCUUUGAACCUGGAACUGAGAUUCAAGGCAGAAACCAUUUAAAGAAAAAAACAAAUGAAACCAUGUUUUGCUUGGUAUCUGUCCCACUUCAACAUGAACAGAAAAUGCCAAAUUGUAAUAGGAAUAAGAGUGCAGCCCAGGGUGUCAGUGAGAAGGGUGAAACUCAUAGCUAUAGAGAUCUAAAAGAACAGAGUUUCCUAAGUACAUCUUCUUCUGAUUUGGAGCUCCAAGCCCUUACAGGAAACAUGAUCAAUAAAAGUCUGUCAGAGAGACAAGAUUUUCAACUUUUCAAAAAAAUGCAUGAUCUCAGCUGCAAGCAGCCUCCAAAGCACAAAGAGGUUGGGUAUUCUGGUUCAUUGCCAUGCAAUAGGUAUAAAGACCAGGAAACGCAAACCAGUUUCAGAGAGGAACCCCGCAAAGGUCAUCAGCCUCUCCAUGGCUCACAGCAGCCCCCCCAUGCUUCUCAAAUCAAGAAGUCAAAUACGUUGACCAAUGGCCACUUCUUAAAGUACGGUUCACCUACUACAGAAUUGGCACCAAGUAAAAUACCUACUAGUUACAGGAAAGAUAGACCAAUUCCUCCUCCUAGGAAAACUCAGUUUAACAAACCGGGCAAGCCUGAGUGUCCUAAGAUGGUAGUCAAGCCCAAAACAGGCCAGAAUGAGUCGCGUACUAUAUCCACCGGGCUUCCUGUGCGGAAAAACGAACCCAGUUUUGCCCAAAAAGAAGAAACGAAAUCGCCUUGUAGUAUCAAAGAAGCCUUUGGGCAGUUUCUCUUAAAGCCUGUUAGCCGCCGUCCUUGGGAUGCAAUAAGUGAACUGGAAAGUUUUAACAAGGAACUUCAAAAGCAAGAAGAAAAGAAUGAGGACAGUAAAGAGAAUGAGCAAAAGCAAGAGAUAGAAGAGGAGAAGAAAAUGAAAAAGGCAGAGGAGAAAGCAUAUAAAGCGGAUGAAAUAAGCCAAGACCAUGGAUGCAGUGCAGAGGCGAGAAAUGUAAAACCAGCCACUCCUGUGUUUAAAAAGGGAACCAAUAAAAGCACCCCUGCAAGUGAAAAUGCUUCAAAGAUUUCAGAUGCUAGAGCUGCGUUUAGUGACCUUAAGAAUGUUAGAUCAGAGGCAAGAGAAAUGGAUAAAUCGGUUAAGGAAAAAAAGGGAAACGUUGGUCUAAAUCAAAGACAGAAUAAUGCAAAAAAGGUCAUUAAACAGGCUAUUGGUCUGCCUCUCAUGAAAUCAAACGUUUCAGGUCACUCGGUCAGUGACAAUUCUAAAACAUUCAACAGCAUUAAUUGUAGGGGAACAAGUGCCGAAAACCAUAAGAAUAAGGAUUCCGAUAAGCUGAAAAAGGCAUCAGGCAGGAAUACCCCUCCUUCAGAAAUAGCAACUAUAGCGCCAUUAUCUUUUAAAAGAAGGAACCAAGGGCGCUCUGAGCCGAAUUUGAGAUCUGUUGGCUUGGAUGUCAAUGAAGGAACGAGCAUUUCUGGUUCUUCUGCAAAGAAGAUUCCAUCAAAUGAAUCUCUUCACGCAAGAGCAUCUAGGAUCCUGGGCAUAGAGGUACCUGUGGAAUCCCUAACGGCCAAUAACAAAAUUCUUCCCGAUGAAGACUCUGAUUCUGAUAACAUGGCACAGAGCAAUAAAUUGUCAAACAAAAAGACACCGAGAGCUGAAAUGAAAACAAAUGUGGCUGCUUCCAAAGGAAAGCCAAAGAGUGGCUGGCCGAAAAGUACUUUCAUUGGAGAAGACAUCUCGGAAUCCAUGAAAAACCAGCUCAGUGGUGAAGAAAAGUUGACACGUGAAAACAAGUGUUCUCAGCAGGCUCCUGACCUUAGCAAACACCAAGAAGGCAGUGCUCACUCUCUUGGAUCUGCUGUGCCUAUUCUUGCUGAAAGAAAAUCACUUCCUUCGAAUGUAGAAAAGAAAACUAAAAGUACUUCAAAGGUAACUCUGACCAAACAAGGCAAAGUGGCCUCUGCUGUAAGCCGAGCGGCCAUGGAUCGCAUAGCGCGGAUGAAAGAAGUUGAUUCAGUUUCCCGUAUGAGACGUCUCAGUAUAAAGAAUGCCGACUCUGGUGAGGAUAGAGACGAAGACAAAGAAGCAGAAGGGAAAGGAAAUGAUGCAGCCGCUGCCCACACUGAAUUCCCCCGCAAACUGUCCCAAGGCAGUUGCGUUUCCAAGCGUAUAAUCUCGCUGAAUGAAAAUGAACGUGUAGGCAAUAGGAAUACAAAGAAAAGUGGAAAGGAUUUACCUAGCUCAGAGGUCUAUGAUCCGAGCCGGGUUGAAAGGGUGUGAUACAAAAAGAGCUGGAUUUCAAGAGAUUUCAAAUCUUUGUGAGGCAUUUUGCUAAGUGGCACCAUGUGGAAAUAUCCUUAAGCCUCAAUGUUUAGAGUGUGUUGGUAAAACACUUUAUCUGCUAGAGGAGGAAAAUAAGUCUUUAUAGAGAAUGUAUGCUUUCUGGAACUUGCAUAAAAAAGAGAGAGAGAGAGAGAGUGUGUGUGUGUGUGUGUAUGCACGCACACAAGGAUUUCUUAAUCUGGAACCAUCUGUUUUUCAAAGCAUUAAGAUUUAAUGCCUCUACUUGGCAUGAAUUGGCCAUUUUUAAACUGAGUUAAAUAGUGUUCAGUCAGAAUGGUAAAUAAAAUUUGGGAGGGGCUCAGGGAAAGGGUUGCUUAUUCCUCUGUAAAAAAAAUGUAAACAGGAGAGAUUAAGAAAAUUAUUUUUGAAGAAAGAAUGUGAAUUUCUAAGUUAAAUAUCCAAACUUCUGCACUCUUAGCCUUGUUGAACAUUGGCCAUAAAAACGGGUUGCAAAGAGAACCACUGUUGCCUUUUCGGUUCAAGGAGAUGCCUGACAGCAGGACUGAAUGCCGACUGACCAACUGUGAAAUCAAUUGGGACUUGGUCUGAAGCGGCUUUGAGUGGAAUUUCUUCCUCCUUGCAUGCCAAGACAAUGCAGGCAAAUGCACCCUUUGGAGAAGGUGAACCCAAAAUAUGGCAGAUCACUUUGCCGCCCUCUGAUCAACUUAAACCAGGAUCAACUCCACUUGGGCUGCUGUUCUGCCCCCUCAAUCUUGUGUAGUUUAUUCUGUGUAGAAUAUUUUCUCUGUGUAGUUUGGGCUCAACAGUCUAUGCACCAACCAACUUGCUUGUUUGUUACACCACACAUCCUUUUCUAAUCCAAGCAACCUUAUUGCAAAAUGUGAUGUAAUUUUUCUAUAAUGUAGGCAGUUUACCAAUUCUUUCAUUGGUAAAGUCUCCCCCCUCCCCCCCCCUCUGCUCUUCUUAGGUGAGUUUCUCAAAGAAACUACUUAAGAAGAAUUUAUUUGUUCAUCUUCUACACAUUCCACAUUAGCCCUUCUCUGCAGCUGCGAGGCUGUGUAUUAUAAUAUUUGUUUAUGUGUAUAUAAAUAGUCUUAUGAAUAAGGUACCUUAAACCUAGACAGGCUUAAUUUUCUUAUUGCUUGGAUUGGUCCUUUUAGAUGAGGAUGUUGCUGGUGUUGGUUCAAUUGAUUACUUUCCACCAAGUUAAUUGCCAAAAAUUAAAAAGAUUAGUUUAAUAUGUUUGCAUCCUUAAGUAUGUAAAUUUUGUUUGUAAAUUUGCAAAUACUGAAGCCUUGUACUACAAAUGUACCCAUCAAUAGAAAUAGGAGUCCUUUGCCACUAUUUAAUUCUUGGAGAAAAUCUGAGACUAUUACGAUGUAAUAACAAGGGAAUAACGCCUGUUUUCACUUGCCUUUAUGGCAACUCUAGCAAUAAGCAACAAAAGAAUAUGUAAUUUCAGUCAUUGAUGCUCAGUGCCACUUUUUUUGAUGUUAUGAUUUGUGCCUCUAUUUGAAACUCUUGAGCCUGAUCUGUAAGCACCCAUCUUGGUACAGAAACUCAAAGAAUUGCCCUGCCUUUAUGUUUGAAUGUUGUAUUUAUAUCUAUUUUGUUUAAUGGCAAUCCGUAUAGGUUUAUACGGAUACUUGUAAGCACACAAAGAAUUAUUUUUGUCACUUAAAAAGAUACUUUAAGUUAGAUGUAGGGCAAACCUUAUUCAUUUCUCCAGGAGUAAUAGCAGUUUA